AUGUCCAUGAACCUGACCUCACCCUUCUCCCCCCUCCCAAGCUACAUCCUCGGCACAAGCCUAACCUUUAUCGGCCUCCUCGGCUUCGUCCGCCCCCUGGCACUCUACGACGCCUUUGGCAUCGCGCGCCCGCUAUCCGCGCAGCCCGAGGCCUUUCUCUACGCCAAAUCCGCCCGCGAUCUGGCGACGGGUCUGUUGUUCAUCGGCCUGGAGACGUACCAGGAGGGCAGCGGGAAUGAGGACGCGGUAACUGCGCUGUUGGCCGUCACGGCGAUGGUUGGGGUCGCGGACUGCCAGUUCCCCUGUCUCCUCAUCUAG